AUGACCUUCGGCGAGCCACUUCUAAUCGUCCACCUCUUGUUGCCGCAGGUCCGCGUGACGGUGCUGGAUAAGAACGACGUGGCACCUUCGUGGGAUCCGGGCCCGUGGAAAUUCGAGAUAUCCGAGGAGUCGCCGCCCAACAGCGUUGUCACGGUACUCAAGGCCCACGAUCCGGACACGAUCGGUACACUGACUUACACGCUGGUGCCGAAUCAUCAUCAUCACCAUCAUCAUCAUCAUCAUCAUCAUCGUUCCGACAACCAGCCGUCUGCGGACGACGACGACGGUACGCAGAGGCAAUUCAAGCUGCAUCCGACCACCGGCCAGUUAAGACUCGCCGAGGCCGUCGACAGGGAAACCAAGGAGAGAUAUGUGCUUAGAGUGCGCGCUGAUGAUGGCCUGCAACAUCGGGAUAUCGUGCUUAACAUACAGGUUACCGACACUAAUGACAACGCGCCGACCUUCCAAAGCACGGCCUAUUCCUUCGACAUCCCGGAGAACAUGCCGAGGGGUAGCCGCGUGGGCCAGGUCGUCGCGACGGAUGCCGAUGCGAAAGGACCCAACAGUCAGCUGAGUUACGUCCUUAUCUCCGACUGGGCGAACGACGUGUUCUCCCUGAAUCCGAACACCGGAGUAUUCUCUCUCACCGCGAGUCUCGACUACGAGCAGGUGCAGCACUACAUCCUCGUUGUUCAGGCAACAGACGGCGGCGUGCCGGUGCUGUCGUCCACCGUGACAGUCUACUGCAACGUCGUCGAUCUGAACGACAACGCGCCGAUCUUCGAGACCGGACCGCACGCAGCUGACAUUAUGGAAAACGCGACAGUCGGCACCCACGUGCUCACCGUGGUUGCCCAGGAUCUGGAUUCCGGUGACAACGGCAAGAUCUUCUACACCAUCACUGGCGGCGACGAGGACGGGAGCUUCGGGGUGGCACCAAACGGCACCCUCUUCACUCGUCAACCCCUCGAUCGCGAACGUAAGCCCCUCUACAAUCUGGUACUGAGCGCCACUGACAGUCCCUUGCCGCCAGCUCGGCCCUUGUCUUCCACGGUGCAGGUGACAGUGAUGUUGCUGGACGUGAACGACAUGUCGCCAGAGUUCAUAUCGCCCACGAAGAUAUCGAUAAUUGAGAAUGCUCCUAGCAAUACGGUAGUGAUGGUGAUAAAGGCCGUCGACCGGGACGAUGGUCGAAACGGUUAUGUCGAGUAUAUGCUCGAGGACGACGACUUGCCGUUCACUUUAGGUCUGGUGGAUGGACUGCUGCGCGUUUCCGGACCGUUAGACCGCGAACAGAAAUUCAAUUACACCUUGGGGAUCAUCGCCAGGGAUCGCGGCGAGCCGCCGAGAUCAUCGUCGACCACCGUCACCGUCACGGUGCUCGAUGAAAAUGACAACUCACCGGUGUUCGAUCCCAGGCAAUACUCCGCCACUGUCGCCGAGAACGCCAGCAUCGGCGCCAGUGUGAUCCAGGUAUCGGCGAUGGACCGCGACGAGGGUGCAAACGGCAGGGUGCGAUACAGCAUUGUUAUGGGAGACGACAAUCGUGACUUCACUAUCUCGGAAGACGGCGGCGUGAUCCGGGUGGCGAAAAACCUGAACUUUGAACGCAAACCUUCCUAUCACCUGACAAUCCGUAGCGAAGAUUGCGCCGCGGAAAUAGGCGAGACGCCGCGCACCGACACCACCAAAGUCAUCAUCACCGUCCUCGAUAUCAACGACAACGCGCCGGUCUUCCUCGACUCGCCCUAUCUCGCCCACGUUAUGGAGAACAUGGUGCCGCCAGGAGGAGGUUUCGUGAUACAAGUUAAGGCGUACGAUGCGGAUACCCCACCGUACAACGAUCAAGUCAGGUACUUCCUGAAGGAGGGCGACACGGAUCUGUUUCGUAUAAAUGCCAGCACCGGUGACAUAUCACUCCUUCGACCAUUAGACAGAGAAUUGACGCCAGAAUAUACGCUCACCCUAGUGGCUAUGGAUACCGGUUCGCCGCCUCUUACUGGAUCGGGCAUUGUCAGGAUCGUCGUCCUCGACGUGAACGAUCAUAAUCCCGAGUUCGCCAGACAGGACUACAAGGCCACCGUGAUAGAGAACAUGCCCGCUGGAACCUGGGUCACCAAGCCGCAAGCUACGGACAAGGACGAAGGACUCAAUGCAAAAAUAAGAUACCGCCUACUUGGGGACAAGGCAGAACGGUUUUCUGUCGAUUCAGAUACGGGUGAAGUAUUCACUACGAUGCCGUUAGACCGCGAGCAGACUGCUGUGUAUCAUCUGACCCUAGUUGCCCGAGAUUCGAGUCCAACGGAGCCACGUGCCUCUACUGUCAAUCUGACUAUCUUGGUGACGGAUGCAAACGACAACGCGCCCCGCUUCUCCAAUAAAGAUUACGAGGUCUUCAUUCCUGUCGGAAUCAAAUCUGGUGACUUCGUGUUCGGAGCGAAAGCGACUGACAACGACGACGGCGAGAAUUCGCGAAUCGUUUAUCAACUGCAGGGCGUAGAUGCCGAUCAGUUCACCAUCAACCCCGACAAUGGUGUGAUACGUACCGUUCAAGAAGUCAAGCAGUCUAACUAUUAUCUGCAGAUUCAAGCGUCAGACUGCGGCGCUGAACCUCAGCACGCCACUGCCAAACUGAAGAUCAUUCUGUGGGAGCGAACUCUGUUUCCUAUUUUUCGACCGAACGUCAACACGAGAUUCACUCUGCCAGAAGACGUACCCGAGGGCAGAGUGAUCACCAAGAUAAACGCAUUCUCCCCGAAGAGCCAAAUAACGACGAACAACAUAAUGUACGUCAUGGCGGGUGGAAACGUGGGAGACGCUUUGAGAAUCGAUCCUCACACCGGAGAGGUUUUGGUCGCGUCUGGUUUCGAUUACGAGACGGCACCGCACUACGAAGCCUGGAUCGAGGCUAAAGACAUAGACGCGCCCACGCUGCAUAGCGUUCUACAGCUCUUGAUGAAUAUCACGGACGUCAACGAUAAUGCGCCGGUGAUGGAGGCGGCUAUUUACAACGCCACCGUGCCCGAGGGCGAGUAUGGACCGUUGUUCGUCUGCAAAGUUGUUGCGAAAGACCGAGAUUCCGGCGAGAAUGGCCAGGUCACGUAUCACCUGGUCAACGACUUCUCCGAGACUUUCAUCAUCGACAGCAACACCGGACAGAUUGACACCAACAUCCUACUGGAUCGCGAAGAGAUCGCGUCCUACGAGCUGAUUGUAGAAGCCAGGGAUCAAGGUCACCCACAGUUAACCGGCACCACUACCGUGUUGGUGACCGUUUUGGACAAGAAUGACAAUCCGCCGCAUUUCACGCGACUCUUCAGCGUCAACGUGACGGAGAACGCGGAGAUCGGCACGUUCGUCAUACGCAUCACCAGCAGCGAUGCGGACAUUGGCCAAAAUGCGAAUGUCAGUUACAGCUUCACCGACAAUCCGGGAGAGAAAUUCUCCAUCGACGCUCUGAGCGGAAACGUGACUGUGACUGGACACCUCGACAGGGAGGAGCAGGACGAGUAUCUGUUGAAGGUUGUAGCAGCAGACGGUGCGUGGCGAACGGAGACCGCUCUUACGAUUACCAUUCAAGACCAGAACGAUAAUGCGCCGGAGUUUGACGAGAAUGUCUAUCACUUCCACUUUCCCGAGCUUCAGCCGGCGGUGGUCCACGUCGGCCAGGUCGCGGCGAUUGAUCGCGACAAGCAGGGACCUAAUUCCGUCAUAUCUUACAGUCUGCUGCAACCGUCCGAUCUUUUCUCCGUCGAUCCGGCGACCGGUGAUAUCUGCAGCAAACGCACUCUGCGUUAUAAGCAUUCCAAUCGACUGUCUUCACCGGAAAACCUAUACUCAUUAACAGUAAUUGCAACAGAUAAUGGCAAACCACCUAUGUCAUCGAAAACAGUGGUGCAUGUGAAUGUGGUAGACGCCAACAACAACGCGCCUCGGUUUGAGCAAAGAUCCUAUCUGUCACCGGUGCCGGAGAAUUAUGGGGUAGGCAAGCGUAUCACUCAACUGAUCGCCCAUGACGACGCCGACUUCGGGGUAAAUGCGGAAGUCGGUUACACGUUGACGUACCUGAAUAAUACCAGCGAACUGUUCUCCAUCGAGGAACAAACCGGUUGGGUCUACGUGCGCACGAGCCUCAACGGUGUUCCCAUCGGCACGGUGUUCCUGUUGAAGGCACACGCCACCGACAAGGGAAUGCCACCGCAGAAGGACGAGGUCGACCUCAAGCUCAUCAUCACUGGCGAGAACCGACACGCGCCUACCUUCGCCGCCGUCAGUCACCAGGUGAGGGUGCCGGAGAACGAGCCAGUCAACACCAUCAUCUUGACGGUGAGUGCCGUGGACGGCGACAGCGGGCCCAACGGUAUGGUACGCUACAAGAUCUCGGCCGGCAAUGAGAGAAACGAGUUUUUCGUGCACGCCAUCACCGGCGCGGUUACCAUACUCGAGCCCCUCGAUUACGAUUUAGUGCAGGAAUAUCAGUUGAAUAUCACCGCCACGGAUCUGGGAUUCGAGCCGAAGCAGGCGGUGGCCACUUUGACAGUCAAUGUUUCUGACAUCAACGACAACCCGCCGACUUUCAAUCAGAGCGUAUACGAGGCGUUUUUACCGGAGAACUCGCCACCCGAUAGUUUUGUCUACCAGGUAGUCGCUCAGGACAUCGACUCUCCCAAGUACGCUGUAGUGCAGUAUAAAAUUCUCGGCGGCAGCGGGAAGGAUCACUUCCGCAUUCGCGAAGAAACCGGCGAGAUCACAUCAGAAAUCAGCUUCGAUUACGAGGAGGUGAAGGAGUACAGCCUCGACAUUGUCGCGGUCAAUCCGGACUCGAAUCCGCAGAUGGUUGGUUUUACAACCGUGAUUGUCCACAUCACCAGCGUGAACGAGUUUUAUCCAAAGUUCAUUCAACCAGUAUUCCAUAUGGAUGUGUCAGAAAGCGCCGACGUCGGCACUUCGGUAGGUCUGGUCCAGGCGACUGAUCAGGACUCGGGCGAGGACGGUCGCGUGUACUAUCUCUUCGUGGGCUCGUCUAACGAUCGCGGCUUCUCCAUCGGCUCGGAAAGCGGGGUGAUUCGGGUAUCGCGUCGCCUGGAUCGCGAGACGCAGAAUCGCGUGGUGCUUACGGUAAUGGCGAAGAACGGCGGCGGUAUACGCGGCAACGACACCGACGAGGCCCAGGUGAUCAUCUCCAUUCAGGACGGCAACGACCCACCCGAGUUUCUUAAGGAUUUUUACGAUGCGAGCGUGUCGGAGGGCGUCGUCCACGGAACCCGCGUCGUCACCGUUCGCGCGGUCGACAAGGACAUUAGACCCCAGAACAAUCAGUUCUCGUACUCCAUCAUCGGCGGCAAUCACGGCCAGGCAUUCAAGGUCGAUCCGCAGACCGGCGACAUCGAGACGGCAAAGCAGCUGGAUCGCGAGACCGUGCCUGUUUACGACCUGACAAUCGGCGCGAUCGACACCGGUUCGCCACCUCAAACCGGCACCACAAUGGUGCACAUCGAGCUGCUGGACGUGAAUGAUAACGGACCGGUCUUUGACCCGCCAGAGAUAAUCGGUUACGUCAGCGAGAAUGAACCAGCCGGUACCAGUGUGAUGACCUUGAGCGCGACUGAUCCCGAUCUGCCUCCCAACGGCGCGCCCUUCACAUACAAACUGAUCGGCGGAAGGCAAAGCGACAUGGUCAUCCUGGACAAGCACUCUGGCGUGCUGAGAACCACCAAGAGUCUCGACAGGGAAACGAUGCCGCAACUGGAUCUCAUGAUUGAGGUGGAGGACUCGGGCGUACCGCGAAUGAAGAGCGAGCACACUGUCACCGUGAUUGUCACCGAUCAGAAUGAUAGCCCGUCCUCCUCGAGAUCGGUACACGUGAUCGUGCACUCGUUCAACGGUAGGACACCUCUGGGAAAGAUCGCUGACGUGCAUCCAAAUGACCCGGACAUCACCGGGACUUACUCUUGUAAGAUAGUUCAGGGCUCGAAUUCGCGGGUACUCAGCAUCCCCACCGCCUGCGAUCUGCACACUAACAAGAUUACACCAGAAAUUGGCUACUCGCUGAGCGUCUCCGGCAACGACGGACGACAUCCAGACGUGAUCUCCAAGGUCACGAUCGAAUUUCUGCUCUUUUCAAAUGCCACAAUCGAGAACAGCGUAAUCUUGCACAUUUCCAAACUGACUGCAAAAGACUUUCUCAGUCAAUAUUACCGAGCACUUCUGGGUCUUCUGCAGGAGAAGAUCGAAGUCGGUGACACAAUCACCAUUUUCAGCAUCGGUGAGAAAGGACAUGAUGUGAAUGUCCACUUGGCAGUGGAAUCUCUUCAAGGAUACCGUACAAAGUACGAAGUGUCCGAUCUGUUGAUGCGCAUUCGGGAUCAAAUCCAGACGCUACUCGAAGAUAGCACCUUCACCAUCAGUUAUUCCCCGUGCAAGAACAUGCCAUGCGAGAACGGUGGCAGCUGCAGCGAUCGAUUGGCCAUAUACGACGAUGCCAGAAUCACCGACAGCCAGGCGCUGAUCCUGACAUCACCCAGGAUGAUGCACGAGAUGGUCUGCAAGUGUCGGGACGGCUUCACCGGCGACAAAUGCGAGAAAAGGCAAGACCCAUGUUCGCCGAAUCCCUGCUUGCUGGGAGGACAAUGCCGGCGUUUCGGAUACGAUUUCCAAUGUACUUGUCCCAUGGAUCGCGACGGCAAGCUGUGUGAGCUCGAAAGAGGCGACGCGUGUGCCAGCAGUCCCUGUCGGAACGGCGGAUCGUGCAGAAACAGCCCAGACAGCUUCAGCUUUUUCUGUCUCUGCCGAGCGGGCUACAGGGGAAAUCAUUGUGAGGCAGUCACCGACUCUUGUCGACCGAAUCCUUGCUUGUACGGUGGUUUGUGCGUGGGAGAGAAACCUGGAUAUCGAUGCAGCUGUCCCGAAGGUCGCUAUGGUCGACAUUGCGAGAGCUCGACCUUCGGCUUCGACGAGCUAUCGUACAUGAUGUUCCCAGCUCUGGACUCCAACACGAACGACAUCACCAUCAUAUUCGCCACCACAAAGCCGGACGCUUUAUUGCUGUACAAUUACGCGCCGCAGACGGGCGGCCGCUCGGACUUUGUUGUGUUGGAGCUGAUUGACGGUCGGGUAGUCUUCUCGUACGGCGGUGCCAGAAGCGCAAUCACCACUAUCACCAUUAAGACCGAGAAGCCGGUAUCGGACGGCGAGUGGCGCAAAGUCACCGCCACCAGAAACGGCAGGGUCGUCUCGCUCAGCGUGUCUGUUUGUAAGGAACACGGCGAUAUUUGCGACGAUUGUAAACCUGGUGAUGGUACCUGUUAUGCGGCCGAUGUGGGUCUGACCGGGACUUUGAACUUCAACAACAAUCCUCUUUUACUGGGUGGUCUGGAGAACGCCGAUCCUGUGCUGGAACGUCCUGGCCAGGUGCAUUCUGACGAUUUUGUGGGUUGCAUUCAUUCGGCGGCGAUAAACGGAAGGGCUCUGAAUCUGACGAAUCCGCUCGCGUCUCGCGGCGUGAAGUCCACAUGCGCCAGAUCGCAGCGAAGUCCUUGUCUAAGGGACGAGAAGGACACCAUUUCUGUCUGUGGUGCGGGUGCGCGAUGUUACGAUAAAUGGCACCAAGUGAUAUGUCAAUGCGGAUCCCUGACAGCGCCCAACUGUCAUAACGCCUUGGAAUCCGUCACGUUGAGCGAGGGAGGAUUUAUUGAGUUUAAGAUUUCACAGAAACAUAAAAGAAUGCAAUUGUUGGAGUAUCUCUAUGGUGGCUCGACAAUAUGGCAUACGAAUCGCGUUAGACGCGAUACCACGAGCUUACCAAACUCUUCUCCAUUGAAGACGAUCGGUCUGAUGUUCAGAACCGUGAAACCUGACGGUAUCUUGAUAUACGUCGCGACUAAUAAGCAUUUUACAUCCGUCGAGCUUCAUAAUGGUCAAUUGAUUUACACUUCUCUGCUCGGCUCGCCGGUCAACAUGUCAAUCAACAUCGAGCGCGGGCUCGCCGAUGGACACUGGCAUAAUCUGACUCUCCACGCUUAUACUGGAGGAUUAAGAUUGUUGGUUGACGGUGUCGUGACAGGUGACGAGUUGGAUUCGGCGGGUGUCCACGACUUUCUCGAUCCCUACUUGUCUGUCUUGUCAAUCGGCGGAGUCAACCGGGAUCUCUAUUACGCUCAUAGCGCUGACGCUAGGGGUUUCGAGGGUUGUCUAGCUAACUUUACUAUCAACAACGAGGUGCAGCCUUUCAACGGUUCCGGUUCUAUCUUCAAAGAUGUACUGUAUCACGGCAAAGUGAGCAUCGGCUGUAGAGGACCUAUCGGCAUCAACGCGGCUGCUACCGCGGAUCCUCUCAGUAUCGGCAUCACUUUGGUCAUCGUUUUCUUCGUCAUUCUGCUGAUCGCUAUGCUGGUGAGCUUCAUAGUAUUCCGACUGCGUCGACAGAAUAAGGAAAAGUCGGCGCCGUCGGUCGUCAACAAAAACACGAACGCCAUCAUGACCGGAAAUUCGCUGGUCGGAGCCGGAAACGACAAUCUCAUGUCCCGACACGAGAACACCUACAUCUCUGACACGUCGGACUUGCGUGGCGUUGGCCACAUGGGGCCCGAGCUAAUCUCUAAAAAAUACAAGGAGCGCGAGAUCAACGCUACAACUGAGCAUCGACCGCAACGACCUGACAUCAUCGAGCGAGAGGUUACCAAGUCACCGCCAAUUCGGGACGAACAUCCACCGCUGCCACCCCCAACUCAGACCUCCCUGCACUCGCACGAGCAUAACCCGGAACCCGACAUCCCGGAGCACUACGACUUGGAGAACGCCAGCUCGAUCGCGCCCAGCGACAUCGACAUUGUAUAUCAUUAUAAAGGCUAUCGCGAUGGUAUGAGAAAGUACAAAGCCACUCCGCCUCCUCUAGGUAAUUAUAGCAAUCAUCAUAAGCACACGGGGCAGCAACACCGCCAUACCGGACCUUUUCCACCGCGAGCUAUGCCGCCGCCCAACGUGAAUCAACCACCUGGACCGGCGCCGAAACUCCUCCAGAGUACCCCAUUGGCGAGAUUAUCGCCCAGCAGUGAGUUAUCCGCACAACAACCGCGGAUUCUUACACUUCACGAUAUCAGCGGAAAGCCGCUGCAAAGCGCGUUGCUGGCCACUACGUCCUCCUCCGGCGGCGUCGGCAAAGACGCGUUGAAUUCGAACAGCGAGAGGAGCCUGAACUCGCCCAUCAUGAGUCAGCUGUCGGGCUCGACCGCCAGCAGGAAGGCUCCACAGUCCAACAAUGAGAAUUCGGUGAACAACGUGUCAUCAGGUCCGAUGGGUCUUACCGCGGAGGAGAUUGAACGACUGAAUUCUCGUCCAAGAACAUCCAGUCUGGUCUCCACCCUGGACGCCGUGAGCUCGUCCAGCGAGGCGAGGGGUCCACCCGCUCACGGACCCUUGCACCAUCAUCGACGUCAUACGCCACCCGCGGAGAGACUCGAGCGACGAAACUCUUCGACCACCGACGAGAGCGGCAACGAUAGCUUCACGUGCUCCGAGAUCGAAUACGAUAACGGCUCGCUGGUAGGUGACAAGCGAUCCGACAACCUGUUCGCCAAGCAGGACGACGAGGGUAGUGGACCCCAGGGCAGCAGGAGCAAUGUCGAAUCGUCCCAGUCGAAGCCGCCGUUGCCACCAAAUGUUGUGGGCAACUAUGACGGUUUCGACAGCUCGUUUCGCGGCUCCCUCAGCACUCUGGUCGCCUCGGACGACGAUCUGUCGACCCACAUGGGUGGUCUCCUCUACGGCAACCAUGCCAGCAAUGGUUCGCCUACUACCACGAACACAACCACCACUACUAUCACCACCGCUGCCGAGGACGCCCUUAGCUGGGACUACCUGCUCAACUGGAGACCCAACUUCGAGAGCCUCGUCGGCGUCUUCAUCGACAUCGCCGAAUUGCCGGACAGCACCAGCCGAGUACCUAGAUUACCGGCGAAUAUCCCCAAACCGUCCGAGGAAUACGUUUGAAAUAAUCCUAUGGGAUGGUGCCAAGACAAUUUAUUAUUAGUGAACUGAUUGAUAGUUUAAUGAUAUUAAAAAUUGUUUCGGAGAAGGGAGAAGUUGUAAAGAUUCUCCUUUCCUGAAAAACAUGCGAAAUCUACGAUGUAGAAAUGUUGUCGAAUUGUUGACUAGUUGAACAUUUGUAUAACAAUAUAGUAUAUAUGAAUCGCGAUGUCCACAGCAUCGAAGCUUUGGAUGAUCGUGAUCUCGAGUCAUUGCGAGAACGCGUUUAAGAACAAAGUGUCGAUUUUUAAAACGUGUAGGUUCUAAGUGUUGUUGGUGAACAAAAUCGUUGCAACAUUUAUAAUCGUUGCAGCGAGGUGCCGCGUCAAUAAAUAUUCGCGCGAUCAUCUUGCCAUAAAGUGUACUUUUUCUCGAAGAAAGAGAGAGAAAAAGACUCGUUAUUUUUGAUCGUACUCUUUAUUUUGAAUUGUUGUAAAUAUUGAAUGACACACGUUUUUAAUCAAAAAAUGACUCGCUGGCGAAAUUCCUAUCCCUCGAUUACACAAUCGGUCGAACUGCACAAAACUUCUCUUGCGAUAGUAAUUAAUAUUGAUUGCAAUUAAGAUUAAAAUUAAUAUUAUUUA